UGGGGCCGCAGCCCCCGGGCGGCUCCUUUGUGCGGCGGGGGCGAUGUUGGCGGGCGGCAAGAAGGGCGCGGAGGUGGCGGCGGGCGGCGAGGCCGGGCCGGAGGCGCCGGUGCCCCCGCCCGCCGCCGCCGGGGCGCUGGGCUCCUCUUCGGAUAGCGGCGGGGCUUCGGAGCGCACGCCCCGCAAGAAGGAGCCGCCGCGGGCCUCGCCUCCGGGCGGUGUGUCCGAGCCGUCGGCCGUCGGGGCCGCCCCUGCGCCCGGCGCCGAAACCACCGGCAUCGCCGAGACCCCCGAGGGCCGCAGGACCAGCCGCCGCAAGCGAGCCAAAGUCGAGUAUAGAGAGAUGGAUGAGAGUCUUGCAAACCUAUCAGAAGAUGAGUAUUACUCUGAAGAAGAGAGAAAUGCUAAAGCUGAGAAAGAGAAAAAACUGCCCCCACCACCUCCACCAGCUCCUGCAGAAGAAGAGAAUGAAAGUGAGCCAGAGGAGCCCUCUGGGCAAGCAGGAGGACUUCAAGACGACAGUUCUGGAGGGUAUGGAGACGGCCAAGCAUCAGGUGUGGAGGGUGCAGCUUUCCAGAGCAGACUCCCACAUGACAGGAUGACAUCCCAGGAAGCUGCCUGCUUCCCUGAUAUCAUCAGUGGGCCCCAGCAGACUCAGAAGGUGUUUCUGUACAUCAGGAACCGCACUCUGCAGCUCUGGUUGGAUAACCCCAAGAUUCAGCUGACAUUUGAAGCAACUAUCCAACAAUUAGAAGCACCUUAUAAUAGUGACACAGUGCUCGUUCACAGGGUUCACAGCUACCUGGAGCGUCAUGGGCUGAUCAACUUCGGCAUCUACAAAAGAGUGAAGCCCCUUCCAACCAAGAAGACAGGAAAGGUGAUCAUUAUUGGUUCUGGAGUCUCUGGGUUGGCAGCAGCUCGCCAGUUGCAGAGUUUUGGAAUGGAUGUCACAGUUCUGGAAGCCAGAGACCGGGUAGGAGGAAGAGUUGCCACCUUUCGCAAAGGGAAUUACGUUGCUGAUCUGGGAGCAAUGGUGGUAACAGGACUUGGAGGAAAUCCCAUGGCUGUGGUCAGCAAACAAGUAAAUAUGGAACUGGCAAAGAUCAAACAAAAAUGUCCACUUUAUGAAGCUAAUGGACAAGCUGUUCCCAAAGAGAAAGAUGAAAUGGUGGAGCAAGAAUUUAAUCGUCUGCUGGAAGCCACAUCCUAUCUUAGUCAUCAGCUGGAUUUUAAUGUUCUCAAUAAUAAGCCUGUCUCCCUAGGUCAGGCUCUGGAGGUUGUCAUACAAUUGCAGGAGAAACAUGUGAAGGAUGAGCAGAUUGAGCACUGGAAAAAAAUUGUGAAAACACAGGAGGAAUUGAAAGAUCUUCUUAACAAGAUGGUGAAUUUAAAGGAGAAGAUUAAAGAACUUCAUCAGCAAUAUAAGGAAGCAUCAGAAGUGAAGCCACCUCGAGAUAUUACAGCAGAGUUCCUUGUGAAAAGCAAGCACAGAGACCUGACUGCUCUUUGCAAGGAAUAUGAUGAAUUGGCAGAAACACAGGGAAAACUGGAAGAGAAACUACAAGAACUUGAAGCCAACCCACCAAGUGAUGUUUAUUUGUCAUCAAGAGACAGGCAAAUACUUGACUGGCAUUUUGCAAACCUAGAAUUUGCUAAUGCUACACCCCUUUCCACACUUUCACUGAAGCACUGGGACCAGGAUGAUGACUUUGAAUUCACAGGCAGUCACUUGACUGUGAGGAAUGGAUAUUCCUGUGUGCCAGUAGCCUUAGCAGAAGGGCUGGACAUCAAAUUAAACACGGCCGUGCGGCAGGUUCGCUACACAGCCUCAGGCUGUGAAGUGAUAGCUGUAAAUACCCGAUCCACCAGCCAGACCUUCAUCUAUAAGUGUGAUGCUGUGCUGUGCACUCUGCCCCUGGGGGUGCUGAAGCAGCAGCCUCCAGCUGUGCAGUUUGUGCCACCCCUUCCUGAGUGGAAAACCUCUGCAGUGCAGCGGAUGGGAUUUGGCAACCUGAACAAGGUUGUGCUGUGUUUUGAUCGUGUCUUCUGGGAUCCCAGUGUCAAUUUGUUUGGCCAUGUUGGGAGCACUACUGCAAGCAGAGGAGAACUUUUCCUCUUUUGGAACCUGUACAAAGCACCAAUUUUGUUGGCCUUGGUAGCAGGAGAAGCAGCAGGGAUCAUGGAGAACAUCAGUGAUGAUGUCAUUGUUGGUCGGUGCCUUGCUAUUCUCAAAGGCAUCUUUGGCAGCAGUGCUGUGCCCCAGCCUAAGGAGACCGUGGUGUCCCGCUGGCGUGCUGACCCCUGGGCCAGGGGCUCCUACUCCUACGUGGCUGCUGGAUCCUCUGGCAAUGACUAUGAUCUGAUGGCUCAGCCAAUUACUCCAGGGCCAGCCAUUCCAGGUGCUCCACAGCCCAUCCCCCGGCUGUUCUUCGCGGGCGAGCACACCAUCCGCAACUACCCGGCCACGGUGCACGGGGCGCUGCUGAGCGGGCUGCGCGAGGCCGGCCGCAUCGCCGACCAGUUCCUGGGCGCCAUGUACACCCUGCCGCGCCAGCCCGGCCCCGCGGGGCCGCCCCCGCCGCCCGCCAGCCUGUGAGACACACCGGGCAGCUGCAGCCGUGGCUGCUGGGAGGAGCCCGCAUUCUGCACCAGAACGGUCCUACGGGAGCUUGGCAGCUUUCACAGAAUCUUUGAAGGGUUGGUAAAGAGAAUCCUUUCCUGCAAAGCUGGUCAGGGACUUCGACUCUGCAGAUACUUCUUGGAAGUCAAAAUAGCUGGAGGGUUUUUUAGGGUGUUUGGGGGUUUUUUUUCUACCUAUGUGUGUAUUUACAGUUUGGUAAUUGCACAAGGACCUCUAGAAGCUGGUUGCUAUGAAUACUAGCUUAGUGUAGAAUGUAUGUAAAUUUCUUUGUGGUUUUUUUAUGGCUUUGUUUUGAAGAGUAAUAUUUUUGACCAAUUCUAUUCCUGUCUGGCAUUCAAGAAUUUGGGGCAACUGUUUGCCUACCAGCAACAGCAAAGCAAACCUCUCUAAAAUGGUCCAUUGGCUGCUACACCACUGCAUCCUGCUAUCACUGAGUAUGCUAAGCAUACUGUUUUAUUAAAUACUUCCAACAAAAGAAAAGGUGCUGAGGAGUGUUCCAAUGUCCUGAGGUGAACUGUGUGUGCUGUACUGCUGCCCACCUGUUGCAGUGCAUAGAACCACUGAAUGCCUCUUGGAGUGUUAAACAUUCCAAAGGAGACUGAAAUGGUCAUCCCAGGGCAUCUAAGCGAACGCCAGUGCUUGUCCUUUAACCUUAAAGGGGCCAGGAGAACAGGCAGUGCUUCUUGGGAUGAGAGAAACAAUGGGACAUCCCCAGUCUGGAAAUCCCUGCUUUGGAGCUGCCAUCUGAUGUAUGGAUAUCCAUAAAAGAUCUGUCAAAUGCCUUUGUUAUGGUUGUAACUUUCUGCCAGAAAGCUCUGGCACAGAGCUGACUCCUGGUACAGUAGCACUGUCUGCCUGUGACCCUCUGCCUUAACCUGCAGCAGGACAGGGAACACCCUUUGUCCACCUGGUAGCUGUGGCACCAGGCUUGUGGCAAACAUCCUCUGCUGCUAGAACCCCUCACAUGGCAUAGGCCUGCCCUGACAGAUACCUGAUUCUCACUUAUAUCCACCUCUUUUGGGAUUAGCCUGUGAUUUGCCCCUGCCCUCUCUAUGGCCUGUCUUUGAUAAGGGGUCCAUGUCCCACAAGUGGUGGGAAUACAUUCCAAGAAACCAGCAGAGAGUGGCAGGAAACUUCAGCACUGGUAGGAUGGUGGUUAGAAUGAAUAUUUGGAUUAAUUAUUUGUCUCAAUUUUGUAAGCCUCUGCUACAAGAACUUGAAAACAAUAUUGUGUGUGUUCAUCUGUGCAACUGCUGAAACCAGGGAAGUGAGUCUGGGUUUCUGACCCCUGGAUUGAAAAGCACAUUAGUGAGGACAACAAGGAUAAGAACACUGGCAGCUGACAGGAGGAAGGCUGCUGGGAACAUGAGUGAGUGGGUCCAGGCAGGCAGUGCCCUGUGCCAGGGAGAAGCAGUGCUGCAGGAUAAAAGCAGCCAGAGGUCAGGGGGACUGGCUGCAGAGCUGCUGGGCACUCCCUGCCUCUGCAGGACAGGCCAGUGGGCAUUGGGCUGCUUGUUGGUGGCAGUGCUGUUGAGCAGCUGUUUACAAGGAAUCAGAGUGAAGGGGAGCUGUCAGCUGCCUCUGCAGCUCUGCAUGUGGCUCUGGAGGUCAAUGUGCAACACUGCCCUUCUGUGAGCAGCUGAUUGGGAACCCUGGGCCUGGGGCAGCACACAGGCUCUGCCUCAACAUCUCACCAGUGAAGAUGAUCUACAGCAGCAACCUUCUCACAGGUGCAACUGAGGCAAAGAGCUUUGCAGCUGGAGCACUCAGAGUCCACCUGAACCCACUGAAGCAAGCACAUGUGACUGAUGGAAAAGAUCAGAGUGAAAUAAAGGUUUUGGAAAAUGUGAA